AUGUUAUAUGUGUUUGUAGGUAGUAAGGCUAAUGACAACAGCUGGAAAUUGGAGAAUGUGCAACUACUGGACAAAUACAAUGUACGAAAUCCUUCGAAGGGGACCUUAUACUUCGCGACCACACAUCUUAUAUUCGUUGAUCAUGAGAUGAGGAAGGAGACAUGGAUACUCCUUAUGCAUAUAUCAUCAGUAGAGCGUCUCCCAAUCACCACGACUGGUUCUCCGCUUUUGGUGCGCACGAAGACCUUCCAAUCGGUGUUUUUCGUUAUUCCGAGGGAGAGAGACUGCCACGAAAUGCACCAGACGUUAUUGCGACUUAGUCAGCCAGUUCACAUAGAAGAGUUGUACUGCUUUCAUUAUAAGUCAACGCCAGACGAUCUGCCUAAAUCUGCGGGCUGGAACUUUUUCGACAUUCAGACGGAGUACCAGCGCAUGAACGUGCCCAACGAGCAUUGGGUGCUGUGUAAUGCAAAUAAAGACUAUGAGCUCUGUGACACAUAUCCUAGCGAGGUGUACGUCCCAGCUCGAGCUUCUACUGCGAUAUUAUUGGGCAGUGCCAGUUUCCGUUCUCGUGGUCGACUGCCCGUGCUGGCCUACCUUCACCACAACAAGGCGGCCAUUACGCGCUGCAGUCAGCCGCUCAGCGGAUUUUCAGCCAGAUGCAUGGAAGACGAACAAAUGCUCGAUCUUAUUCGCCGGGCAAACCCCAACUGCGAUUAUAUGUAUGUUGUAGACACCAGGCCCAGGAUCAACGCGAUGGUUAACCGCGCUGCGGGCAAGGGCUACGAAAACGAGGCGUUUUACGAGAACAUCAAGUUUCAGUUCAUGGGCAUCGGGAACAUUCACGUCAUGAGAAAAAGUUUACAGAAGCUGGUUGAAACUUGUGAACAAAAUACUCCUUCAAUGUCGUCAUUCUUAAGCGGUUUGGAGUCAUCUGGCUGGUUAAAGCAUAUAAAGUCGAUCCUGGACACGUCGUGGUGGAUCGCGUGCGCGGUGGCGAGUGGGGCGAGCGUGUGCGUGCACUGCAGCGACGGCUGGGACCGCACAGCGCAGGCCUGCUCGCUGGCCGCCCUCUGCCUCGAUCCCCACUACCGCACCAUUAACGGAUAUCAGGUGCCCCACCGCUACCUAGACUGUGUACGUGUGCGUGUGCGUGUGCGUGCACUGCUGCGACGCAGGGACCGCACGGCGCGGGCCUGCUCGCUGGCCGCCCUCUGCCUCGAUCCCCACUACCGCACCAUUAACGGAUAUCAGGUGCCCCACCACUACCUAGACUGUGUACGUGUGCGUGUGCGUGUGCGAGCACUGCUGCGACGCAGGGACCGCACGGCGCGGGCCUGCUCGCUGGACGCGCUCUGCUUCGUCCCCCACUACCGCACCAUCAACAGAUAUCAGGAGAAAAUUGAAAGAGUACGUGAGAUGAUGUCUUUCUUGGUACAGGCUCUGAUCGAGAAGGACUGGCUGUCGUUCGGGCACAAGUUCUCGUCCCGGUGCGGGCACGUGGCGUGCGACGGGCGCGAGCGCUCGCCCGUGUUUACGCAGCUGUUGGACUGCACCUGGCAGCUACUGCGCCAGGCGCCCGAGGCAUUCCAAUUCAAUGAGAGGUUUCUAUUGACCCUACAUGACCAUGCGCAUGCUUGUCAAUACGGUACAUUCAUUGGCAAUUGUGAGAAAGAUAGGAGAGAUCUAAGACUGUCAGAACGUACGUUCUCGCUGUGGGGUUACAUGGCGAGCCAUCUAAACGAGUACAAGAACCCACUUUACAAUCCUAAAGCUCACCCCGAUAUCUUGAAGCCGGAGCUCAGCGCCCAAAACAUAAGGUUCUGGCGCGGCAUGUACUGCCGGCACGAGAGCGGCGUGCACCCGCGCGAACCGCUGCACGACCUGCUGCCGGCCGCCGUGGAGCACGCCUCCGCGCUGCGCCACCACAUCAACUACCUCGCCAAGAGAAUAUCAACGUUCAGGAAUCUUCUAUCGGGUAAGAACGCAGAGAAGAGUAGAGAGUCAGCCGUUGUCAACUAUCAGAAUGGCAACAUCGAUACCGUCGACAUUGAAACGAAAACUGAAGAUUUGCAAAUUGACAACAAAUUGCUGUACGAGUCAGUUGGCGGCCUCUCGGAGCUAGAAUGCGCGAACCAUGACCAUCCCCUCAAGGAAGGCCUCACCUCUGUCACCAAGCCCAAUAACAUACCACUGAUAACAGAGAGGGUGGAGGACUAUAUCCCAGCGAGUUUCUCGCAGCUCGAGAGCGAAGUGAACACGGUGGCGUUAGAUUGGAAAAGCGUCAAGAACGUGACUGAGUGCAGUUGUUCCACGCCCCUCGACCACUACAGCCGGAAGCACCAUUGCUGGGGCUGCGGGCGGUGCGUGUGCACGCGCUGUGUGUGCCGUCGCGCGCCGCUGCCCGCGCUCGCCGCGCCGCGCCACGCCCCGCUCUGCGCCGCCUGCGCGCCCUCUUCGCCCGAUGUAUUGUCACCGGCCAGUUAA